UUGCAGGGUUACCGCGCCCAUCUCGCCGUUCGAUGGCCGGGUGAAGAGAGUGAUUAGCUACCGAGAAAGACUCUAAGGCGGUUAAGGGGAAUGAAAUAUAAAUCGGUUAAAGGCAGUAUUGGAAACCGAUUAUUGAGAGUGCCUGUACCCGCAGCUGUGAUCUGUGUCCCGUCAUCAUCAGGGAGUGGUGUGAUUUGUCUUACCCCUGUCGGGUUGGUCCAGAUUGUUGAAAAAGCUCGCUGGGUACGUUCGGGAAGGGUUGCGCCUCUGAAACCUAGCUAGUUUGCAAGCUAGCGGUUCACGGGUGUUCGUUGAUGCGUGGAUUGGAGGGAUACACCGUUACCUUUUCCAGUCAAUGCCAAAAAACCCAAAGCCUACGUCAACUGAGAAAAGGAUCAAGUGUCCCGGCAGCAGGAGAAAGGCAGAAAUACUAGCAGGCCAAAAUGAGUGAACUUGACCAGUUACGCCAAGAGGCUGAGCAGCUCAAAAACCAGAUCAGAGAUGCCAGGAAAGCAUGUGCCGAUGCCACACUAUCACAGAUCACAGCCAAUAUUGAUCCCGUUGGCCGUAUUCAGAUGCGUACACGGCGAACACUGAGGGGACAUUUGGCUAAGAUCUAUGCCAUGCACUGGGGCACUGAUUCCAGGCUCCUGGUCAGUGCCUCCCAAGAUGGUAAACUCAUUAUUUGGGACAGCUACACCACAAACAAGGUCCAUGCCAUUCCUCUGCGCUCUUCCUGGGUUAUGACCUGCUCAUAUGCACCGUCAGGAAACUAUGUGGCCUGUGGAGGUCUGGACAACAUUUGCUCCAUCUACAACCUGAAGACAAGGGAGGGGAAUGUACGCGUGAGCCGGGAGCUUGCUGGGCACACAGGGUAUCUUUCCUGCUGUCGCUUUGUUGAUGACAACCAGAUUAUUACCAGCUCUGGAGACACCACCUGUGCCCUUUGGGACAUUGAGACUGGCCAGCAGACAACCACAUUUGCUGGGCACAGUGGCGACGUCAUGAGCCUCUCAUUGGCCCCUGACACCAGGCUAUUUGUUCUCGGGGCCUGUGAUGCCUCUGCCAAACUGUGGGAUGUCAGAGAGGGCAUGUGCAGACAGACUUUCACUGGGCAUGAGUCUGACAUCAAUGCCAUAUGUUUCUUCCCCAAUGGCAAUGCCUUUUGUACGGGCUCUGAUGAUGCCACCUGCAGACUCUUUGACCUUCGUGCCGACCAGGAGCUGAUGUGCUACUCGCAUGACAACAUCAUCUGUGGCAUCACCUCUGUUGCUUUCUCCAAGAGUGGUCGUCUCCUCCUGGCUGGAUAUGACGACUUCAACUGCAAUGUGUGGGACACACUGAAGGCAGACCGUGCUGGUGUGUUGGCUGGACAUGACAACCGUGUGAGCUGCCUGGGUGUCACUGAUGAUGGCAUGGCUGUUGCAACAGGAUCCUGGGACAGUUUUCUGAAGAUCUGGAAUUGAUUCCUGAAGAAGUCAUUUGAACUUCCAAAGUUGACUGGAAGACCAAUUGCAACAACUUGAGAAUGUUAAAUUUCACAGCAUCUUCUUCACAACCACCGU